GUCCCCUCCACUGCGAGGCCGACGCCAUGCCGGAAGGGCACCGGAGCGGUUGCGUCCGGUCGGGAAGGGCGACAAGUACGGCCUCGCUCGACACGUAGCGGCGCAGCCCGAGCGCAGCCUAACGCGGCGACGCGCAGUUUCCAGUUUCAUCACGUGUGCGGACUUUUUCCAUUUGCCCCUUUUCCCCCUUUUUGCGCGCUGUUCCGGCCGGAUAUCAAACUCAGCGAGGCCGGUGGUGUGAUGAGCGCUAGCUCCACGCAGUGCCUGUGACACAGGAGGCGCCAUGGACGGAGCCAGCCUGGCCGUGUCCGUCUUUGCCUUCGCCCUCUACGUCAACACCCUGGGCGCGGGCUUCGUCUACGAUGACAGCCGCGCCGUGCUGCGCAACCCCGACGUGCGCGGCGGCCAGUCGGCCUGGCUGGCGUUCGGACACGACUUCUGGGGCACGCCGCUGCGCUCCGCCGGGUCCCACGGGUCGUACCGGCCGCUGUCCGUGCUGUCGCUGCGCGCCAACGCCUACCUGGCCGGCGGCAUGCGGCCCUACGGCUUCCACUUGGUGAACGCGCAGCUGCACGCGCUGUGCUCGUACCUGGUGACGCGCCUGUCGCGGCGGCUGCUGGGCGGCCUGGGCGGCCGCGGCCCCGGCGUGUGGCUGACGGCGGGGCUGCUGUUCGCCGCGCACCCCGUGCACUGCGAGGCGGUGGCCGGCAUCGUGGGCCGCGCCGACCUGCUGGCCUCGGCGCUGGCGCUGCUGGCCCUGCUCAGCUUCCUGCAGCACCUGGACUGGCGGGAGCGGGGCUGCCGGUGCGAGGCGCUGCGCAGCCUGCGCCCUGGUGGCCGCGCCGCCUGGUGCCGCUGCCGCGCCUGGUCCGCGCUCCUGCUCGCCGCCACCAUGGCCCUGGCCGCGGCCGCCAUGCUGUGCAAGGAGCCCGGCGCCACCGUCGUGGCCGUCUGCAUGGUGUACGACGUGGUGGUGCAGCUGGGGCGCCGCGGCCGCAACCGCAAGACGCCCUUCUGCGCCUCCUCGCUGGUCGCGCUGGCGGCCUGGGGCGGCGCGCUGCUGGCGGCGCGGCUCUGGCUCGUCGGCAUGAGCACGCCCGUCUUCGCGCGCGCCGACAACCCCGCGGCGCACGAGGCGGCCUGGGCCACGCGCACGCUCACCUUCCUGCACCUGCCCGUCGUCAACCUGCGCCUGCUGCUGUGGCCCGGCACGCUCUCCUUCGACUGGUCCAUGGACGCCGUGGAGCGCGUCGAGGCCCUCGCCGACCCCCGGAACCUGCAGAGCGCCGCGCUGUACGCGAAAAUGAAGAUCUGCGGCGUCUGCUCGAAGCUGAUCGAGUCGCGCGGCGCCUUCGUGUACGGCUACAACAACAACAACGUGGUGCUGGCCAACAACAACAACUACCCCGUCAGCUCGAGCAGCAGUAGCAGUAGCGUGUCGCAGGACAGCGACGCGGGCGCGGCGGCGGUCGCGCUGGCCGUGGUGCCGCUGCUGCCCGCCACCAACCUCUUCUUCUACGUGGGCUUCGUGGUGGCGGAGCGCGUGCUUUACCUGCCCAGCGUGGGCUACUGCCUGCUCGUGGCGCAGGGCCUGGGCUGGCUGGCCGACGCGAAGCCCCCCGUGGCCGCCGCCGCCGGCCGCGCCGCCCGGUCGACGCGGACGUGGCGCGGCCGCGGCACCGCCGUCAUGCUCGCCGGCGUGGUCCUGGUGGCCGUGCUGGCCGCCAGGACGCUGCAGAGGAACGGCGACUGGGCCGACGAGGAGGACCUGUACCGCGCCGGCAUCGCAGUCAACCCCCCGAAAGCGUACGGCAACCUGGGCUCGGUGCUGAGUUCGCGGGGCCGGCUGGCCGAGGCGGAGCACGCCUUCAGGAUGGCGCUGCGCUACCGGCCCAACAUGGCGGAGGUCCACUACAACCUGGGGAACCUGUUGCUCAAGAGAGACAAGCUGGAGGAAGCCAUCCGGAGCUAUCAGCAGGCCAUCCAUUACCGGCCGUCGCUCGCCCUGGCGCACUUGCACCUGGGACACGCGUUGGCGGCGCGCGGCCAGGUGCGCGAGGCCGUGUCGGCGCUGGUGCGGUGCGCGUCGCUGCGCCUCGCGGCCCCCGCGGCCCCCGCGACGCACGAGGCCGCCAGGGUGUCGGCGCUGCUGCUGCUCGGCCACCUGCACGCGUCGCAGGGCAGGCUGCGCGCCGCCGAGAAGGCCGUCAAGGAGGCCAUCCAGGCCCGGCCCCAGGACUACCACCCCGCGCCGCUGUACAAGCUGCUGGCCGAGGUGGAGGAGAGGAUCAAGACCCAGGAGGAGCGGCACUCGGCCAGGGACACGCUGGACUACAGGGAAGCGCCUACAGGGAAGGCCGAUGCGCAGCAGCAGCCCGACAAGGACCAGCCGCAGGAGCAGCAGCAGCGGAACGCGUGGUCCUGGAGGACGAGAUCGUGCAACGACAGCGUCCUGCCCGGCACCGGCACGGCUGCCGGGGAGUGCGCCAGGGCGCCGUCGGCGGGAGUCGAACCAGGGCCCCCGAUGCGCGGCGAGGGGGCCACGGCGUCCGGGCCGCAGCCCGAGGAGUGCCCCAUGGCCGCCCUGUUCCCCGCCCCCGCGUCGCCCUGCGCCUAACCGAGCACGUCGUUGCCCACGGACUACGGUGGAACGACGUGGAACCGCGUGUCAGUGACGUCACAGUGACGUCAUAGCCACAAGAAGCACGCACGAUAAGACUUGUGAUUCGAGACAAUAUUUUGUCCAACUGCUCCGCCGGGCACUAGUGCCCACAGCGAAGAGCCAGUUGGAAACUCUAAGUGAUGUAAAUACCGGAGAGGCUCUCUCCUCCCCUUCGUGAUCAUGAUGAAAACGCUAAGAAUCUUUAUCAAUUGUUCUCUUUUUCUUUUGUUCGCUGUGUACAUAACACGCAGGACUAAGGUAGCGGCUAAGAUACACUCGAGAGUGCCAACAAACCAUUGCAUUCCUCCCUUGCAUGGGAGAAAAAACACAUCUCCCUACUUUUAACGUGACAGUUUGUGACGGAAUACCAACAGUUUUGUACUUAGGAAAAAAAAGAUAUUCCUGUCCCCUUCUCUUCUUUUUGUAUAUCGAUUGAAUAAAUCUAUUUAUUUACUCGUUA